UUUAUGGGAUAUGUCCUGUUUUUCCGGAGUGGGUGGAUCUCCUGGAAUCCAGCAGGAUCCGGCCAAAUCCGCCGAGGAGUGACCCUCUUUCUCCCCGCCUCAGUGAACCUCGAGGUGGGGGAAGGCUGAAGGAGGAGGAGGAAGAGGAAGGCGAGGCCCGCCCGCCUCCAAACACGGCAUGUAAACAGUACAGCCCAGGGGUUGAGGCAGGCGAGGAGGCCGAAGGAGGAGAGCGAGAGAGGGAAGCAUAGCCCCCAUUAACCCCUUCCCGCUUUCCCUCCUCCUCCUCCUCCUCCACGGAAGGAAGGAAGGGCCGCCUCGGAGGGGAGACAGUCACGCAGCCAGAGGAGGCGGAGGCGGGAGAGGGAGGAGGAGGCGGCGGCUAAAAGGCGGCCGCCGGGCUGAGCGAGGAUGGAUUUCCAGCAGCUGGCGGACGUUGCGGAGAAAUGGUGCUCGGGCAACCCCUUCGAGCUCAUCGCCACCGAAGAGACGGAGCGGAGGAUGGACUUCUACGCCGACCCGGGCGUCUCCUUCUACGUCCUCUGCCCGGACAACGGCUGCGGGGAGAAUUUCCACGUUUGGAGUGAAAGCGAGGACUGCUUGCCUUUCCUGCAAUUGGCUCAGGACUACAUUUCUUCUUGUGGUAAAAAGACGCUCCAUGAAAUACUGGAAAAAGUCCUCAAAUCAUUCAGACCUCUACUGGGGCUUCCAGAUGUAGAUGAUGAUGCAUUUGAAGAAUAUAAUGCAGACGUGGAAGAAGAAGAAGCAGAAGCCGAUCAUCAGCAAAUGGGUGUCAGUCAGCAGUAAUAUUGAGAGGAAUUUAAUAUAUAUAUAUUAUCCUACCAUGUGGGGUCUUAUGCUUCUGUAUUAGCCUUUUUGAAAUUAGCACAUCACACCGGAAAAAGCUGGCUUCCAAACCCAAAGUUUAAAAAAACAGAAAAGAGAGAAGAAAACCAUUGAUAUUUUAAUAUCUGUGAUGAGCUUUGCUAAGAAGUGGCCUGAAUUCACUCCUGCUUCAGUGAGGUUUCUAUGGCGUUGUCUUAGUAGCAUUCUGCCAUUAUCUUAGAACUAGGGUGUUUUUCCCCCCUCGCUGACUGUCUUUUUUGUUGUUGUUAUUAUUAUUAUUAUCAUUAUUAUUAUUAUCAUCAUCAUUUUGUUUAUUUGUAUAGGAGAAUUAACAUUUCACUGACCUGAAUGUGAUUUGAAUGUAGGAACUAUUUGGUUGACGUGUUAAGUACUUGCGUGACCUUAACGAGGACCAUCCAUGCAGAGAAUAAAUGCAAUCUGCACUUUCA